AUGUUGGGUGUCCCGUUCAUCGACCGGUGGCUCUCCAAUACAUUCAAAGCCAAGACUUUCGACGAUGCCGUGGAUCGUCUCAGUUAUGUCACCACCGCCACUCUCCUCGCCUUUUUCUCCAUCAUGGUCUCCUGCAAACAAUACGUAGGAUCAGCCAUUCAAUGUUGGAUGCCAAUGGAAUUUAAGGGCGGUUGGGAGCAAUACGCAGAAGACUACUGCUUCAUCCAGAAUACAUUCUUCAUUCCGGAACGCUCCGAGAUUCCCGGCGACGUUGAGGACCGACAAAAAGCCGAAAUCGGUUACUACCAGUGGGUACCGAUCGUUCUUGCCAUCCAAGCGUUCAUGUUCUACCUACCAUCGUGGAUCUGGUCGUCUCUCUACAAGCAAUGCGGAUUGGAUUUCCCAUCUGUGAUCAGCGAGGCCGAAGCUCUUCGUUCCAGUGACUCUGAGACUCGAAAGAAGGGAAUCAACAAAUUGGUCGGAUUCAUUGAAGACAUUCUGGAGACUCGUUCCAAAAACGAAUACGGUCGUUUCUAUUGCUACCGCUUCGGAAAAGGACUCGGCUCGAUGACUUCAUUGCUCUACAUCUGCAUCAAGCUUAUGUACCUUGGCAACGUCCUCAUCCAAUUCAUCAUCCUUAACAAGUUCCUUGGAAACGAGACCUUCCUCUGGGGAUUCCACACUUUUGCCGACUUGUAUGCUGGACGUGAAUGGCAGGAUUCUGGAGUGUUCCCACGUGUCACACUUUGCGAUUUCUCGGUACGAAAGCUUGCCAACGUUCACCGCUACACUGUCCAAUGCGUACUCAUGAUCAAUAUGUUCAACGAAAAGAUUUACUUGUUCAUUUGGUUCUGGUUCGUCUUCGUUCUGAUCACCACCUUGAUCAACACCAUCUGCACAAUCUGGAGACUAAGCAUCGACAGCUCUCGCCACAACUACAUCAGAUCCCUGCUCAGCGGGCCACUCCACAACUUCAAGGAUGAGUCGUCUCGCAUUCCAAUCGGAAAGUUCGCCAACCACGGACUCAAACAAGACGGUGUCCUUCUGAUGCGCUUCAUUGAUGAUCAUGCCGGAGCAAUGGUGACUAAGGAAAUCUGCCAGAGCUUGUUUGCCAACUACCUCCAAAACGAUCCGUAUGCCCGCCCUGUCCACCACGGUCACUCCACCAAAUCAACAUCGCCAGGUAUCGAGGAGGGUCCCCAUGAGCAUCUCUACACCCCAGAGAAGAUGGGACUGAUGGUUCCAGACUAUCCAAUCAAACACUCGUGA